AUGAGCUGCCAGUGUGUUGCUUUUAGACUGGCGUGUCUCAUGUGUCCAUGGGAGUAUAUUUUAUUAAGCCUUCACUGCUGGGUGGUAGCCUCGGCCGCGGGCUCCCGGGAUGCUGCUGGUGCGUUCGGCUGGCUUCUGUCGGACAAAGGGCCUUUUCAUCAAGCUCAGGAAUUCACAGAGUUUGUGGAGCGCUACCAACAGGGCUUCACCACCAGAUACAAAAUUUACAGAGAGUUCGGACGUUGGAAGGUGAACAGCUUGGCUCUGGAAAGAGAAAACAAUGGCAUUGGUUUGCCCCUGGACCCGGAGUUCAUGCAGACCAUCAGGCAGCUGGGCCGCCGUCCAACCCUCAGUGCCAUCACUGACAACAUCAUCAGAAAGUACGGAACACACUUCCUGUCUUCAGCUACACUGGGAGGUGGAGAGGCUUUAACUAUAUUUGUUGACAAGAGGAGGCUGAGCCGGACGGUGGACCUGACUGACUCCAACAGUACGGCUGUGACACUGGAGGCUCUUCACCAGCUGGCCGCCUCAUAUUUCAUAGACCGAGAGAGCACACUGCGCAAACUGCACCACCUCCAGAUCGCCUCCACCGCCAUCAAGGUGACCGAAACAAGGACGGGUCCUCUAGGAUGCAGUAACUAUGACAACCUCGAUUCUGUCAGUUCAGUUCUUGUUCAAAGUCCUGAGAACAAGAUUUAUUUACAAGGGCUGCAGGCCAUUCUGCCUGGGUACCUGAGGAGCCAAUUUGUCCAGGCAGCCCUCAGCUACAUCAGCUGCCACUCUGAGGGCAAAUUUAAGUGCACGAACAAUGAUUGCUGGUGUGAGUGCAGCGUGGAUUUCCCUCAGUGUAACUGCCCCACUGAAAACCUGAAGGCCAUGCAGGACAGCCUGAGGGUCAUCAGAGAGUCCUGGACACAAGCUAAUGUUGAAUUUAAGGAAUCAGAUGAGUUUCAGGGUUUUGUGAAAAGACUACCAACAUUUUAUGCUUUGAACACAUCUGCUGUUAGAUACUUUUGGAAAAACGAUCAGGCUGUAUAUCAGCGCUUUCAGCAACUGGAGACGAACACUCAACAGCUUCUCAGCAAAGCACAGCGGAUCGUCAGCAAACUCUUCACCCUCAGCAAGAGGUGCCGAACUCAGCCCAAAAUAUCCGUGCCAAAAGAGAGGUCUUUAACCUAUUGGCUGAACUACAUCCUCUCUGUUAUGUACUGCAGUGAGAAUAAUCAGCUAGGCACUUAUAUGGAGGAGAAGCGGAUCUGCUCCUGUCAGUAUGACUCCUCGUCCUGCCAGGGUGUCAUCCCAUGCACCGUAGGUGAUGGGCCACUUUGUGCUUCCUGUUCCUAUGAGAACCGCUCACGGUGUGCCAGUUGUAACCCAGGUUACACUCUGAGCCAGGGCAUGUGUAGGAACAUCAUUCCUGAUUCCAUUGACACCUACAUUGGCUUUGAGACUGAUCUUCAGGACCAGGAGUUGCGCUACCUCCUCCAGAAGCGAGACACAAGAAUCAGCAUCCACGCCAUGUUCAUUAGCAAUGAUGUCAGGCUUAACAACUGGUUCGACCCCUCGUGGAGGAAGAGGAUGCUCCUGACCUUAAAAAGCAACAAAUUUAAGUCCACUCAUGUGCACAUGCUUUUGGGCAUUUCCCUGCAGAUCUGCCUGACUAAGAACAGUACUCUGGAACCAGUGUUGUCAAUUUACAUCAAUCCUUUUGGAGGCAGUCACUCAGAGAGCUGGGUCAUGCCCAUAGACCAGAAUAAUUACCCUGAUUGGGAAAGGACCAAGGUAGAUAUCCCACUUGACUGUUAUAACUGGACGCUAACUCUGGGAAAUAAGUGGAAGACAUUUUUCGAGACUGUACACAUAUACCUGAGAAGCCGUGUCAGAACCGGCGGGAAUGGAACGUCCUAUUUCGAGCCCUUGGAGUACAUGGACUCCUCACGCAAUCUAGGCUACAUGAAGAUUAACAGCAUGCAGCUGUUUGGGUACAGCAUGCACUUUGAUCCCGAAGCGAUCCAGGACUUGAUCCUGCAGCUGGACUAUCCGUACACACAGGGCUCAAGGGAUUCAGCCCUGCUGCAGUUGUUGGAGAUCCAAGACCGAGUGAAUCGACUCUCUCCACCAGGUCAGCAGCCUCUGGACCUUUUCUCCUGCCUUCUGCGCCAUCGUCUAAAACUGUCCACCAAUGAUGUGGUCCGAAUUCAGGCCGCUUUGCAAGCCUUUAGUGUCAAGCAGCCCAGUUCAAAGGAGUAUGAAACAACCAAACUAUGUAGCUAA